AUGAGGAAGAUAAAUCAGAGCCAAGUAACUGAAUUCUUACUUCUGGGACUCUCUGAUGACCUCCUCACCCAGAAGCUGCUAUUUGUCUUAUUCUUGAUUGUCUACCUUGUCACUGUGCUUGGAAAUCUGCUUCUUAUGUCCCUUGUUCAGAUUGACUCCCGGCUUCACACACCCAUGUAUUUUUUCCUCUGCAAUUUAUCUCUGGCUGACCUCUGUUUCUCUACCAACAUCGUUCCUCAGGCUCUUGCACACCUGCUAUCUCAGAAGAAAGUCAUUUCUUUUACACGUUGUGCAGCUCAGCUUCUACUUUUUCUUAUUUUUGGGUGUACACAGUGUGCCCUUCUGGCAGUGAUGUCUUAUGAUCGUUAUGUGGCCAUCUGCAAUCCUUUGCAUUAUUCUAGUAUCAUGACAUGGAAGGUGUGUGUUCAGCUGGCUGCAGGAUCAUGGACCAGUGGUAUUUUUGUUUCUGUUGUGGACACAACUUUCACACUAAGGUUACCUUAUCGAGGGAGCAAUAGUAUUUCUCAUUUCUUUUGUGAGGCCCCUGCACUACUGGUCUUGGCUUCUACAGACACUCAUACUUCAGAGAUGGCUAUUUUCCUUAUGGGGGUUUUAAUUCUGCUCAUACCUGUUUCUCUAGUUCUGGUAUCUUAUGGCAACAUCAUUGUAACUGUGGUCAAGAUGAAAUCAGCUGCAGGGAGACUCAAAGCAUUCUCUACGUGUGGCUCCCACCUCAUGGUGGUCAUCCUUUUUUAUGGGUCAGCAAUUGUUACCUAUAUGACCCCCAAAUCUUCGAAAGAACAGGAAAAACUUGUGUCUGUAUUCUAUGCAAUGGUAACUCCCAUGCUUAAUCCCAUCAUCUAUAGUCUGAGAAACAAAGACGUGAAAGGAGCUCUGAGAAAAGUAGCCACAAAGAAUGUCCCAUGCAGGAUUGGAAUUUUUCAAUGA